ACCCAUCCCAUCCCAUGUGUAUGUUUAAAAAGGGAAGAUCAUAGAUACUGCAACUGCAAGAAACCGUUCCUAUGCAUGCCAUCCAAAACAAAACUACAUAAUCAUUCUGUUCUAGAGGGGUUGUUGAGAGAUGGGGAAGAGAAUGGUGGCGGUGUUGAUAAUGUGGGUGGUUGUUGUCACAACGGCGGCGGUGGUGGUGGAGGUGUGCUGGUGUUGGGGAGAGGAAACGAGGCAGAGGAACACUGCAGAGACAGUGAUAUUGACAGAAGAUGCUGAGGAGGAUAAGGCCAAUUCUUGGGCUGAUUGGGCUGUUGGAAAGUCCUCCCAGAGACAUGGAUUCAACCAAAAUGAUGCAAAAGAGUCGGCUCAAAGGGUGAUGGAUAAAGUUGGGGGAGUUGCAUCCAAAACCACAGAGACAAUGAAUUCUGCUGCGUCAGAAUCAUCAAAAUAUUCUUCUCAGAAGGCUGGUGACGCAGCGAACUUAGCUUCAGAGAAAAUAGGUCAGGCAAAGAAUUUUGCUUCUAAAAAGGCAAGUCAAGCUGUGAACAUGGCUUCGGAUAUGGCCAGUGAUGCUAGAGACACAAUGGAAAAAACAAUGUCACACGGGAAAGCUAAAGCGUUUGAUGCCUACACCUUUGCUUCUAGAAAGGCAGAUCAAGCCGUGAAUAUGGCUUCGGAUAAGGUUAGUGAUGCCAAAGAGACAAUGGUUGGACGAAUGUCACACAAGAAAGAUAUAGCCUCUGAUGUCUACAACUUUGGGCCUGAGAAGGCGAAUCAAGUCAUGGAUAAGGCCUCGGACAUAGCUGGUGAUGUCAAAGAGACAAUGGCUGAAGGAAUAUCACGAGGAAAAGAUAAAGCCUCUGAUCCUUAUAUGUUCGCGUCUGGGAAGGCAGAUCGAGCCAAGAAUAUGGCUUUAGACAUGAGUGGUGAUGCCAAAGAGAUGAUGAAUGGAGCAAUGUCAUGCGGGAGAGAUAAAGCAUCUGACGCAUACAACUAUGCUUCUAAUAAGGCUGGUCAACCCAUAAAAAUAGCUACAAAUAAGGUCAAUGAUGCCGAAGAUUCAAUGGUGGGCGCAAUGUCCCAUGGGAGAGACAAGGUUUAUGGAGCUUAUGAGGAUGCUAAAGCCACUGUUGGUGAUACAUACAUGUCAGCUAAGGAAUCCAUGACUGAUCAGGCGAAGGAGAAGUAUGAGGCUGCCAAAGAGAGGGUUUCUCAAGCCACAGGUGAUUUAGGAGAUGAGAUGAGAAAGACUCGUACAGACCUAUGAGCGGUCAGUGUUUAAGUUAUUUAACAACAAUAAUCAUUGUUGACUAAACCUUGUGUAAGUAAUUGUUGUUAUUUUCUUUCACUUUAUGUUCUAUUGAUAUGUUUUUCUUAGUCUUUUUUAGGAACUUGGAACUAUGUAUUUCAUAAUUUUAUAUUGCAAGUGUGGCCAUAAAGUCGGCUAUUUUUAUGCA